AUUCCUCAUAUUCCUGGGCUCGAUAGCAGAGGUUCGCGGUGACCAAACGAAACCAGCGAAGACUUGGCGGAUUCACACACCUCAUGAAACUUUCCAAGGGCACGUCGAUGUUGGGUCGUGGCGUGAAGCGGAAGUGGAGCUGCCUGGAGGAGCUGGAGGCCGAGGUGGUACCUGCUGCUGUGGCAGAGGAGAAGGAGCAGAAUGGGGAGGAGGACAGGGUGGAGCAGGGCGGGCUCCUUGUGGGUCCACCCAAAUCUGACAUGAGCCACCGGCAGCAGCGUCAGCUUGUGCUUGGCCUCUGCUUGGAGAAGCUCCAGCGCUAUCAGGUUGGGAUGGAGCUGAGCCUUCGACGGUCCGUGCUGCUCAUCAACACACUCAGGCAGAUCCAAGAGGACAUGCGGCGUGACAGGGCGAUAACCUGCACAACGGACAUACUGCUCAGCGGCGUGCAGCCUGACUCCUGUCUUCUCAGGGACGACUUCAGGGAGGACAUGUCAAUAACAUGCCCUGGGUGUACAGAAGGCGACGUGUCUAAGUCUCCACCGCUGUCCCCUGAAAUCCCCUCCCAGGAGGCCAGCGGUUUGCCUGAUCAGCAGAAAUCGCCUCCUGCUGUGACAAACAAUGCUUUUAGUGAUGCAGUAAACGCCAUGGGCUACCUCAGCGACCUCGCCCUGGAUGACAUCUUUGAGGACAUUGAUACUUCGAUGUACGAGACUUCAGACCUGCCUUCUGCCUGGGUGUCAGGCCCUGUGUGGCCAGUCAGUGUGUCGCUCUGGGAAGAUGAGGAUGUGAAAAUGCGCACUCCUAGCCAUGGCUCACCUGGAAGUCUCCAAUCCUGUCUAAUGGAUCUGAAUGAGUUGGACCACAUCAUGGAGAUUCUGGUAAAGUCCUGAUUACCAACAGGAACCUUUCUGAACUUGUACUGCACUUGGCUGAUCAAGAAUUUAGAGUCUGAUAGCACCUGCCCUGGCUGAGGACACUAAAAGUGGAACUGUGGAACCAAGACUGAUUUGAGGGUCGAUGAACUUGAACGUGACCUUGGAUAUUUUAAGGCUCCAUCUGACAUUCUGGUUGAAAAUCUGUUUUAAUCCUGCUUAAAGUGAGUUUUAGGUAGAAAACAACAUUAAUUCUUGCAUGCAAUUCAUUUAUAAGGAACCAUCCAGCAUCUUAUGUACAGUCUGUUCACCAGUUUGUGCCUCAAAUGAGAAAUGAAAUAUUUAUUAGAAGAAGAAUGCAGUUUAAAAUGAUCAUGUUCCACUUUAAAACACUUUAGCACUGUGCUGCUGGUUAGCACUCCACUGGAUAACUGACCAGACAGGCAAUAAUUUUGAUAAUUGAUUAAUUAUAAAAGUUAUUCAUCAAGCUAAAAUGCAAACUGGGUUUUGGACUGCCGGUCAAGCUGAAGAGGUCACCUUGGCCUCUGGAAAAUUCUCUUUACUAAUUUGUGACAUUUCAUAGGUCAAACAGUUAAUCAGUUAAUUGGGGAAAUAAAUGCCUGGCAGAUUAAUCGACGAACAUAUCGGUUAAUUACAACUUUACAGCAAUCAAAUAUGACAGUGGAUGUACAUUUAGCAGAAGUACAUUUUAGCUGGGACAGAAAGACCCAUUUUAACAGAUCAGGUAACUUUCCUUUAUGAGAUUUGUGAAUAACCUGUAGCAGCUGAAGAGGCAGGCAUGUCUAAAUGAAGAGUAUUGCAGCACUUGUAAGAGAAGUGUUGUAACAGACGGGACAUCACAGAUGCCACAGAUCAGUGUAAGAGCAUCUGUGGUGGGUUGUCCUUAAUUCAGUAAAACUGUAAAUGCAGAUGGAACCUUACAUUUCCAGCCUGAAGUGUUUAUGCCACUUUUCUCUCCUGUUUUAACAAGUUUUUAGAAAAAGCAGCAACAGCAUCCACUGCUCAGGAAGAAGGAACCUGAGCUGUCACAGUUUGUGUGUCACUCAGUCUGUUAGAUCAGACCUGGGUUUAUUAUUAAUUGAAAUCUCUUCAAUUACUUAAGAGAGGGCGCUUCAGCUAGCCAGGAGGGCAAAGGCCUGGCUUUCCUUUCAGUAUUAGGACUGCAUGGUUUUUAUGACACCACGUAGGAUGUUUAAAUUAGAAACUGACAUCAGCCAAAAGUCUGUGUGGCUGAGGUGGUCGUCCAGCAGUCGCCGGACCUGCGACAUGUCAGUGUGGCUGCUGAAACGGAGGAUGUGGCCAUUGAGUGUGGGGGUUUACCAGCAAAGGACGUAAGCUUCCAGUCCCCGGAGAUCAUAUCAAAGGAAGUGGGGAAAAUGGGAUGCUAAUUAGUUGUUUAAUUAGUUGGAACGCCUUUAUCUAAUGUUAUUUUUAUUUAUGAAAGAAAAAUCAGCCUCAGACUGCAGCAGAUAUUACGUGUGCUUCUACAUAGAGACUAUUAUUUUUGUGUGUGUGACUUAUAAUUUAGAUUCAUUUUAGACUGUCAGUGUACUGGCUACCAUGUCAACCCUUUUGCACCAUUUGUGACACCAAAUGGGACAAACUAUCAGAGCCUGUACAACAAAUAAUACUCGUCCUUUCACCACGAGGAUGAUUUCAACAGUUUUUCCUCUUCGGCAGCUUAUUUAUGGUAAAUCCAACAUGUUGUGAAUGCAGUUAAAACAUACUUUAAAUAGUAAUGUAGUCUGAUUCUGACUGAGCUGUUUGCUUCAAGUCAGCCAUCAGGGCAACUUUACCAUGUCUGAAAAUUGUAAAUGACAGCAGAAGCCUAUGUAUUUUUAUGGCAUUGAUGGUGUAGGUUUUUAUUAUUUUUACCAGUUUUAUAUGUGUUUCUAUCUGAAACUCUAAUCUCCUGUCCAGUAGAAGAGAUACAGUGAGUGAAAGGUCAUGACGAAUCAGAUGCUUGACCUUCACUAUCUGUGGUUUACUCCUGUUCUACCUCCUGACAUCUGUUUGUAGUCAAUUUACCUGGACACUCCUGUUUCACACCCAAAGCCAUGGACUGUCUGUCACUGAUAGAAAUCACUUAGUGUUGUUUAUUUCAUACUUUGUUCUUGGCUACAACUCCAAUGCUUCCCUGUCAGACCAAAGUAAUCCAUCCUCAUCUCUAUCUCUUGUCUCAUGUCGACAGCAUGCCUUACUACUGAACCUAAUUUUCAUUUGUGUUGAGGUUUUUCUGGCUGUCUGAGCUUCAUUGAUUAAAAACCCUACUGUGGUGGAGUGUUUUGUAAAGCACUCAAAGCCAGAACCAUCAUCAUUUCUUACCCUCUUCUUGGUCUUUUUCUACACUCGGUGAACACUACUGGCAAAAAAUGAGUUUAAUGUAUCCUGACAGGCUGACAGUGAACUAACUAGCUGACAGAGGAGGUGGCAGUGAGGGCCAGUGGGGAAAAUAAGAGGAGGACGAGGAGGACGAGGAGGAGGAGGAGGGGUGGGAUUAGGCAGCUUGCGUCACUUGUUCAGUAGGAGGGGCUGUGAGCUUGUUUUGCCCAGACUCAGACCAUGGACCAAUCACAUGAGAUGUAUGAGGAGCGCACUGCUGCUUCAACAACAACUUGUUUUGGCUCCAUGGCACCGAACUGUAGUACAGUGCGAAUCAUCUGGAUUUCAGCCUGUGAAAUAAACCCACUUGUUUGUUUUCUCAUGUACAUAAUCCAUCUGAUGGGACUGAAAAUAAUGAACAGAGAGCUACAGUGUUAUUUAUAAUUGUAUGAAAGUGCAGUGUCCAUAGUAAAGCACAAACUGUAUGUGGUUGAUGCUGAUGUAAAUGUGUAAGUGAAGGAUGAGGUUGCUGGAUAAUGAGAUGAUAAUUAAUAAUGUAUUGUAUUUUUGUGGAAUAUUUUAUAGAUUUUAUUCAGUAAUACAGUAAAAAUGCA